GCAAAGCGAAGAAGGAAGUGGGGGGGGGGGGGCCUGCAGAGAAGCAGCUGCAGGAGGGAAAAGCCGUGCAGCAGCUGCCUGGAUCCCAGUUUUGUUCAGCUAUAUUUGUUGGCGAGCAGCAAGGAUCAGUGUCUUUCAAUGGAGAAGCCUCUCUUCAGAGCCAAGUAAAUAAAGGCAACUUCUCAAAGACAGAGGUGGCCCAAGAGAAGGGAAAGGAGAUGGAACAGCAGGACCCAGAACGACCUGGAACUGGCAGGACAGCAAGCAAAGGCCCUGAUCCCACCCCAGCUGGGAGUGGUGUUGAAUUCUGGGAAAGGGCUGUGCCAGAGGUCCUGGCUAAGAACACCCCGACCUCAGAAGUAUGUUGCCAGUGUUUCCGGCAGUUCCGCUACCAUGAGGCCGAUGGGCCCCGAGAGGUUUGCAGCCAGCUCCAUGGACUUUGCAACCAGUGGCUGAAGCCGGAGAGGCACACCAAGAAGCAGAUCCUGGACCUGGUGAUCCUGGAGCAGUUCCUGACUCUCCUGCCCCAGGAACUGCAGUGCUGGGUCAGAGGAUGUGGGCCGGAGACCAGUUCCCAGGCGGUGGCCCUGGCCGAAGGUUUCCUUCUGAGUCAGGCAGAGGAGAAGAGGCAGGCAGAACAGAUGCAGGGACCACCUUUGGAGAUGGAAGCUGCAAUCCCUGAGGCAGAAGGAGCUUCCUUGGAGCAGGGGCAUAGGGGGCAGGCGGUGGAGCGUGCCCAAGAUGCUCUCUCCUGUGAAACAGGCAGUGAAGAGAUGCUGUUGAGCCGUUGUCUUUUCCAAGGUGUGGGAACAGCUGCUGCACCUCCAAUCCAGGGUCCCUUUUCCUUGGAGGAGGUGUCCGUCUCUUUCACGGAGGCAGAGUGGGCCCUGCUGGAUCCGGGACAAAGAGCUCUGUACAGGGAAGUCAUGCUGGAGAACUGUGGGAACGUGGCCUCUCUGGCAAAUGAUGAUCAGAGGAAUAAGGAAGGUGAGAAACGUCAUCAGCAAAUGUCAGAUAAAGUUAAAAAUGAAGACUUGAACGAAAAUGUCCAGGAAUCAAAUCAGAGUGAAGAGAAAGAAAGGCUGCUGUAUGGUUGAGAAGUGUGAUGGAAGAUGGGGAAAUAUACACUCUCCAAAGCACAGGAAAAUGAAAGCAAGCAAAUCCAUUCAGUGCAGAAAGUAUUUAAGAAAUAGAUCACAGCUUCUUGUGCACCAAAGAACAAAGAUGGAGGAGAAACCUGACUACUCAGAGACCAGACAUAAAUUAAAUCUCAUUAGUAAUCUUCAACAGCAUCAGAGAACCCACACAGGGGAGAAGCCUUUUGAAUGCUCAGAGUGUGGAAAGAGAUUCAGUCGGAAUGGCUAUCUUGAAUAUCAUCAGAGAACUCACACAGGGGAGAAACCUUUUGAAUGCUCAGAGUGUGAGAAGAGAUUCGGUCUAAGUGGCCAUCUUCAAGUGCAUCAGAGAACCCACACAGGGGAGAAGCCUUUUGAAUGCUCUGAGUGUGGAAAGAGAUUCAGUCAGAGUGGCAGUCUUCAACAGCAUCAGAGAACUCACACAGGGGAGAAACCUUUUGAAUGCUUAGAGUGUGGAAAGAAAUUUGCUCUGAGUGGCCAUCUUCAAAAGCAUCAGAGAACCCAUACAGGGGAGAAGCCUUUUGAAUGCUCAGAGUGUGGAAAGAGAUUCAGUUGGAGUGGCCAUCUUCGAAGGCAUCAGAGAACCCACACAGGGGAGAAGCCUUUUGAAUGCUCAGAGUGUGGAAAGAGAUUCAUUCAGAGUGGCACUCUUAAACAGCACAAAAGAACCCAUAUGGGGCAGAAGCCUUUUGAAUGCUUAGCAUGCGGAAAGAGAUUUAUUUCAAGUGGCGGUCUUCAAUAUCAUCAGAGAACCCAUACAGGGGAAAAGCCUUUUGAAUGCUUAGAGUGCGGAAAGAGAUUUAUUACGAGUGGCCGUCUUCAAUAUCAUCAGAGAACCCACACAGGGGAGAAGCCUUUUGAAUGUUCAGAGUGUGGAAAGAGAUUCAUUCAUAGCGGUGCUCUUCAACAGCACCAAAGAACCCACAUGGGGCAGAAACCUUUUGAAUGCUUAGCGUGCGGAAAGAGAUUCACUUCAAGUGGUAAUCUUCAACAGCACCAGAGAAUCCACACAGGGGAGAAGCCUUUUGAAUGUUUAGAGUGUGGAAAGAGAUUCACAUUUAGCGUCAGUCUUCAAACACACCAGAGAAUCCACACAGGGGAGAAGCCUUUUGGCUGCUCAGUGUGUGGAAAGAGAUUCAGUCAGAGCAGCCAUCUUCAAAUGCAUCAGAGAACCCACACAGGGGAGAAGCCUUUCAAAUGCUCAGAGUGUGGAAAGAGAUUCAGUCGGAGUGGCCAUCUUGAAAUGCAUCAGAGAACCCACACAGGGGAGAAGCCUUUUGAAUGCUCAGAGUGUGGAAAGAGAUACAGUCAGAGUGGCAGUCUUCAAAGGCAUCAGAGAACCCACACAAGGGAGAACCAUUAUGAUGUUCAGAGUAUGGAAAGAAAUUCAGUGAAGGAGGAACCUUCAAAAGCAUCAGAGAACACACACAGAGCAGAACCCUUUGAAUAGUCUAUGUCCUGCCCUAGUUUGCCACACCCGGACUUGUCAGUGGCCCCAAGGGGAGUUUUCAGGACAGAGUGAGGCCAUCCCAGUGCAUUAGAUCACUCCCCCUCCCCCACUGAACUUGCUUAUGAGGUGUGGGCCCAUCCGCCUCUGUUACCACAGUGGCAGCUGGCAUCCCGGAGGGUCCGAUGAGGGUUAGAGGAGCAGGGAAUGGGACAGGCCGCAGAAGAAGCGAGGACAGACGAAUGCAGUGGAGAAUCGAUAAAGGAGAAAUGUUUUAAGAGCUCAGUUAGAUUCAGUUAGAGUGGCACUGUUGAGCUGCCUCAAAGAACUCACACAAGGGGAGGAAAUGUUUGAGGUCAGAUUGAGUGAAGAGAUUCAGUCACCGUGAGAAUUUUCAAAAGUGUAUAUGAACCCACAUAGGUGAGAAACCUUUUGAAUUUCAGACCGUGGAAAGAGAUUCUGUUGCAGAAGCACUCUUUGAUGGCAAGUGAGAACCCACACAGUGAAGACACAAUUUUAAUGUUUGUUGCCUUGAAGGAGAUUCAUUCAGAACAGGACUCUUCCGCUGCAUCGAGGAACCCACACAAGGAGGAUCCAUGUAACUGCUUAGCCCAUAAGAAGAGCUUUCCCCCACCUUGCAUCUAAACAACAACCACAGACGAUAAAAAGUAUUGGAAAGAUGCCAAUUGCUAUAAAAGGCUUGAAGAAACCUUACCCUAAUCAGAAAGAAAUGUUAUAAAUGCUUUUCCCAGGAAGGUACUGCACAAACGAGGAUGCUGUGUACAGAAAUUGCACUCAGCACCGAAAGGCACACAACCCACAACCAGCUGUAAAAAUCUUAAAACAAUGAAGUAAAGAACAAUUUAAUAUUUUUUACACAUGCUGACUCACUGAAUUUCUCGGGUGAGGAAUGAACAAUACGUGUGGAGCAUCGGCUCCUUCAUUGUUGUCUUUCAAUGAAGAUAUAUCCAAAGCUCCGUAGAGCUCCAGAAAGUCCAAAGGAAAUCUAAAUAACA